AUGGCAUUGAUGGAGAACAAGACAGAAGUGAAACAGUUCAUCCUCCUUGGACUCACCGGUGCCCCAGAAAUGCAGAUCCUCCUCUUUGUCAUGUUCACUCUCAUCUACCUCAUCAAUGUGGUUGGAAACCUGGGGAUGAUCAUAUUAAUCCUCUUGGACUCUCAUCUCCACACUCCCAUGUACUUUUUCCUCAGCCACCUUUCUCUGGUGGACAUUGGUUACUCUUCAGCUGUCACUCCCAAAGCCAUUGCUGGGUUACUUAUAGGAGACAAGGUUAUCUCAUACAAUGUGUGUGCUGCUCAGAUGUUCUUUUUUGUAGCCUUUGCCACUGUGGAAAAUUACCUCUUGGCCUCAAUGGCCUAUGAUCGCUACACAGCUGUGUGCACACCCCUACAUUACACCACCACCAUGAUGACAACUGUGUGUGCACGUCUCGCCAUAGGGUCCUAUAUCUGUGGUUUUCUGAACUCCUCCUUCCAUGUUGGGGACAUAUUCAGUCUUUCUUUCUGCAAGUACAAUAAGGUCCAUCAUUUUUUCUGUGAUGUUCCAGCUGUCUUGGCUCUCUCUUGCUCUGAAAAACACACUAGCGAAGUGAUUCUUGUUUUUAUAUCAAGCUUUAAUGUCUUUUUUGCUUUUCUGGUUAUACUGAUUUCCUACCUGUUCAUAUUUAUAAACAUCUUGAAGAUGCACUCAGCUCAGGGGCACCAAAAGUCUUUGUCCACCUGUGCCUCCCAUCUCACUGCCGUCUCCAUCUUCUAUGGGACAGUCAUCUUCACGUACUUACAGCCCAGCUCCAGCCAUUCCAUGGACACAGACAAAAUGGCAUCUGUGUUCUACUCUGUGAUCACCCCCAUGUUGAACCCUAUGGUCUACAGCCUGAGGAACAAGGAGGUCAAGAGUGCAUUCAAGAAGGUCAUUAAGAAGGCACAUUUUUCUAUAGGAUUUUGA